CACAGGGGACAGAGUCCGUCCCUCUAAAACCACUCUGUGUGGGGGACAGGACAGCCAGACCAAAGCUCACAGACCAGACUCUCCUGGACCUGGACCUGGACCUGGACCUGGACCCAGUUGUGUGUCCCUUAAAGAGAGACAAUUCUAAAAAAGAACCUCUGUGCUUUAAAGAUGGACACCCCUCCGAUCAAAAGGGUUGUGAUUCUACCAGGAUCCAACAUGAGAGACCAGACGCUACUGAACCUGGACACAGCUAUGUACCUGUUGAGAAUACAAAGUCCAUAAGUCCUCCUCUUUAUUUCAGAAGAAAACUUCCUUCAGAGACUCAGUUUACGCUGCAGAGAGCAGAAUAUCCUGCGCUGAGCGAUGUGUCCAAGAAGAGUGAAGCCCCUCGUUCUUUCCCUCGGUUUUUCAAAUCUGGCCAAAAUAUUGACCAGCAGGGAGCAGAACGUGCGGCACCCAAAUGUGUGUCCAUGAAGAAUAACCCAUUUCGAGAAAAUUAUAGGAUGGUGAAGAGAAGAACGCCUCUCUGUGUAGUUCAUCAGCAGAGCUCAGAAGUUCCCAGCAGUCAAAGUGUCCAUGUGCCUCAACCAGACCUGGACUCCAUUUUUCAGCUGCUUGAGCAACACAUUGUCAGUUUUGUGAAGAAAGAGCUGAAGAAGGUCCAGAAAUUUCUGAGCUCAGAUUAUAAAGAAUGCUUAGAGAGUCAAACUGAGGAUGAUGAGGUGUUGGGCGAUGAGGAUGAAGAGCAGAGGAGGAGCAGCAGAGAGGCAUUUCUGAAGAUCACCCUGAACUUCCUGAGGAGAAUGAAGCAGGAGGAGCUGGCGGACCGUCUGCAGAGACGAACUGUUGCUGCAGUGUGCCAACAUAAACUUAAAUCUAACCUGAAGAAGAAGUUCCAGUGUGUGUUUGAGGGCAUCGCUAAAGCAGGAACCCCGACCCUCCUGAAUCAGAUCUACACAGAGCUCUAUAUCACAGAGGGAGGGACUGCAGAGGUCAAUGAUGAACAUGAGGUCAGACAGAUUGAAGCAGCAUCCAGGAAACCAGUCAGACCAGAAACAACCAUCAGACAAGAAGACGUCUUUGAAGGCUCACCUGGACGAGACGCACCGAUCAGAACAGUGAUGACAAAGGGAGUGGCUGGCAUCGGGAAAACGGUCCUAACACAGAAGUUCACUCUGGACUGGGCUGAAGACAAAGCCAACCGGGACAUCCAGUUCACGUUUCCAUUCACGUUCAGAGAGCUGAAUGUGCUGAAAGAGAAAAAGUACAGCUUGGUGGAGCUUGUUCAUCACUUCUUUACUGAAACCAAAGAAGCAGGAAUCUGCAGGUUUGAAGACUUCCAGGUCGUCUUCAUCUUUGACGGUCUGGAUGAGUGUCGACUUCCUCUGGACUUCCACAACAACGAGAUCCUGACCGACGUCUCAGAGUCCACCUCAGUGGAUGUGCUGCUGACAAACCUCAUCAGGGGGAAACUGCUUCCCUCCGCUCGCCUCUGGAUAACCACACGACCUGCAGCAGCCAAUCAGAUCCCUCCUGAGUGCGUUGACAUGGUGACAGAGGUCAGAGGGUUCACCGACCCACAGAAGGAGGAGUACUUCAGGAGGAGGUUCAGAGACGAGGAGCAGGCCGGCAGGAUCAUCUCCCACAUCAAGACUUCCCGAAGCCUCCACAUCAUGUGCCACAUCCCAGUCUUCUGCUGGAUCACUGCUACAGUCCUGGAGGACGUGUUGGAGACCAGAGAGGGAGGACAGCUGCCCGAGACCCUGACUGAGAUGUACAUCCACUUCCUGGUGGUUCAGACCAAACUGAAGAACAUCAAGUAUCAUAAAAGUACUGAGACAGAUCCACACUGGAGUCCAGAGAGCAGGAAGAUGAUGGAGUCUCUGGGAAAACUGGCUUUUGAGCAGCUGCAGAAAGGAAACCUGAUCUUCUACGAGUCCGACCUGACAGAGUGUGGCAUCGAUAUCAGAGCAGCCUCAGUGUACUCAGGAGUGUUCACACAGGUCUUUAAAGAGGAGAGAGGACUGUACCAGGACAAGGUCUUCUGCUUCGUCCAUCUGAGUGUUCAGGAGUUUCUGGCUGCUCUUCAUGUCCAUCUGACCUUCAUCAACUCUGGUAAUCUGAUGGAAGAACAACAAAGAAUCAUCCGGCUGCCUAAAGUCUUAAGAGUCAAACCUGAACUAACACAUCUCCACCAGAGUGCUGUGGACAAGGCCUUACAGAGUCCAAAUGGACACCUGGACUUGUUCCUCCGCUUCCUCCUGGGUCUGUCCCUGCAAAUCAAUCAGACACACCUACAAGGUCUGAUAACACAGACAGGAAGUAGUUCGGAGACCAAUCAGAAAACAGCCAAGUACAUCAAGAGGAAGAUUAACGAGGAUCUGUCUGCAGAGCGAAGCAUCAACCUGCUCCACUGUCUGAAUGAACUGAAUGAUCGUUCUCUGGUGGAGGAGAUCCAGACUUACCUGAGAUCAGGACGUCUGUCCACAGAUAAACUGUCUCCUGCUCAGUGGUCAGCUCUGGUCUUCAUCUUACUGUCAUCAGAAGAAGAUCUGGACGUGUUCGACCUGAAGAAAUACUCUGCUUCAGAGGAGGCUCUUCUGAGGCUGCUGCCAGUGGUCAAAGCCUCCAACAAAGCUCUGCUAAGUGGUUGUAACCUGUCAUGGCGAAGCUGUGAAGCUCUGUCCUCAGUUCUCAGCUCUCAGUCCUCCAGUCUGAGACACCUGGACCUGAGUAACAACGACCUGCAGGAUUCAGGAGUGAAGCUGCUCGCGGUUGGACUGGAGAGUCCUCAUUGUAGACUGGAAACUCUCAGUCUAUCAGGCUGUCUUAUCACAGACACUACUGCUCUGGCCUCAGCUCUGGGCUCCAACCCAUCCCACCUGAGAGAGCUGGACCUGAGGCACAACUUUUUAGGGGACUCAGGAGUGAAGCUGCUGUCGACUGAACUUGAAGAUCCACAUUGGCGACUGGAGACUCUCAGGGUGGACCAUGUUGGAGACACUGAUACCUGGUCUACAGUACUAUAUCUGUGAACACACUGAACACAAACAGCUGACGGAUACCCCAAACUGUCUGAAAACAACGACGUGAAAAAGAGGACGUGAUCAUCCAGGUGUGACUACUGGGAGCAGCUGAUGUGUGGAAUGGUUUGAUUGGUCACUUUUACCGGGAGAUCGAGGAAUUUGUAAUUUAUUUGUAAUUUAUUUAUUUAAGAAGAGACAAUGUACAUGCAAAUCUACCAAUGUAGAUGCAACCGAGUUAGCUGGGGAUAUAGUUUUCAUCUGUAGCCCCUUGCCUGAUGUUAAGACAUCCUAAAAUAAAACUUUUUUUUAAAA